CUACUCGUCUCCACCUGGCGCAGUGGCUCCACCUACCUGGCCGAGCUGCUGGCCAGCCACCCGGGCGUAUUCUACCACCACGAGCCUCUGCUGCUCUGCCAGCAGGACCUGCGCCUGGUAGGUCGCGCCUGCCGUGCCUUCCCCGUCCACCUGGUGAAGACGCUGCGCCUGGAGCUGGCCGCCACGCGCUGGCUGCUUGCCAACACCGCGCGCGACGUGCGCGUCGUCUGGCUGUACCGCGAUCCGCGCGCUGUCGUGCACGCUCGCGCUGAGCACGUCGACCAGUGCUCGGGCGCGUGCGUCGACCCGCGCGCCAUCUGCGCUGACUUAGCCGCCGACGACAGCGCCGCCACGAGGCUGGCGCGCGACUUUCCCAGCCGCUUCGUGGCGCUGCGCUACGAAGACUUGGCGCGCCUGGGGCUGCGCUACACGGACCUGACGGAGCGCUUCGUGCACGAGAGCGCCGCCCGCGGGGACGACGCCACGUCGGGGUCAAGCCGCUCUCUGGGCGCGACGGCGCGUGCCUGGCUGGCGGAGGCGAGACUGGCGCAGGUGCUGCGCGUGCAGGCUGCUUGCUCAGAGGUGAUCCGCGAGCUCCGUUACAGGCCGCUAGCGCCUGGCGACACGACGACAGACUUUGAGCCGUGUGAGACCGAUGCCAAGAAGUACGGCUAG